CCGGCCCCGGGCCCGUCUGCCGCCGCCGCCGCCAUGGCCCGGCCGCUGGUGCCCAGCUCGCAGAAGGCGCUGCUGCUGGAGCUCAAGGGGCUGCAGGAGGAGCCGGUCGAGGGCUUCCGCGUGACGCUGGUGGACGAGGGCGACCUGUACAACUGGGAGGUGGCCAUCUUCGGGCCGCCCAACACCUACUACGAAGGCGGCUACUUCAAGGCUCGCCUCAAGUUCCCCCUCGACUACCCGUAUUCCCCACCAGCUUUCCGGUUCCUGACCAAGAUGUGGCACCCCAACAUCUAUGAGACAGGGGACGUGUGUAUCUCCAUCCUGCACCCCCCGGUUGACGACCCCCAGAGCGGGGAGCUGCCGUCGGAGCGGUGGAACCCCACACAGAAUGUCAGGACCAUCCUCCUGAGUGUGAUCUCGCUCCUGAACGAGCCCAACACCUUCUCGCCGGCCAACGUGGACGCCUCCGUGAUGUACAGGAAGUGGAAAGAGAGCAAAGGGAAGGACCGGGAAUACACGGAUAUCAUCCGGAAGCAGGUGCUGGGGACCAAGGUGGACGCAGAGCGCGACGGCGUCAAGGUGCCCACGACACUGGCCGAGUACUGUGUGAAAACCAAGGCGCCGGUGCCCGAGGAGGGCUCAGACCUCUUCUACGAUGACUACUACGAGGACGGCGAGGGGGAGGGGGAGGCCGACAGCUGCUUUGGGGACGAGGAGGAGGACUCGGGCCCCGAGGAGGCCUGAGGCGGCUCCGUGCGCCCACCCACCGGAAUAAACAGCUUUACCUCACUGGGCCGCCGCGUGGGCCGCGGGCCACAGCCUACCUCGCAAGGUCUCAUGUGGUCCCACUCUCGGGGGGGAUUGGGGGGGCUUCGUCCUGCGUUUUCCUUCUGCAAGCUCCCCUGUGUCUAAGAAUGGCCAUGCUCCUUCCAGUCGCAGGGACUGGGGGCCAGGGGCCAGGGCCAGGCAGCAGCCACCUCACCCGGGCUGCAGGAGCCGCGGGAAGCGCACACGUGGGCCGGGCAGGUCCACAGCACUCCUUGCCGGGGCGGUCGGCAGCCACCUCCCACGCCCCUCGUGGUGGUCAACAGCCACUUCCCCUCUCCGCUUGGGUUUGUUUUGAAUCUAAUAAAACUGCUUUCUGAGAA